CCGCCCCGGGGGCGGUUGCCGGAAGCGGCGGCGGCGGCGCUUCCGGGUGUGGCGGGGCCGGCGGCGGUUCCGGGUGCGCGGAGGUGUCUCCAGACCUUGCUGUGGCCCCCGGUGGCCACCAUGGCGGAGGCCGUCCACUACAUCCAUCUCCAGAACUUCAGCCGCUCCCUCCUGGAGACCCUCAAUGGCCAACGCUUGGGUGGCCACUUCUGCGAUGUGACCGUUCGCAUCCGCGAGGCCACCUUACGCGCCCACCGCUGCGUCCUGGCCGCCGGCAGCCCCUUCUUCCACGACAAACUCCUUUUGGGUCACUCGGCCAUUGAGGUGCCACCAGUUGUCCCCAGCGGCGCCGUGCGUCAGCUGGUGGAGUUCAUGUACAGCGGUUGCUUGGUGGUGGCCCAGUCGGAAGCUCUCCAGAUCCUCACCGCUGCCUCCAUCCUCCAGAUCAAAACCGUCAUCGACGAGUGCACCCAGAUCAUCUCCCAGAGCCGCGGGCCCAAGGUCCUGCCCCCGGCCCCUCCCCGGCCCCGCCCCGACCCCGCCCCAGCCGACACCCGCCACAAGCCACCGCCGGAGCCCGACCUCCGCUUCGGCCAACUGGAACCGGCGCCCAGUUGCCACAGCCGGAAGCAACGGCAACCGCUGCGGCUCCAGCUGCCGGUCAAGGAGGAGGAGGAGGAAGAGGAGGAGGAGGAGGAGGGGACGGCCACUGCUGUCACCGGGGAGGAAGGCUUCGCCGCCCCGCCCUUUGUCACCGAGGAGCCACCAUUCUUUGGGGAUGUCUUCACCGACGCCUUCCUGCCCCCUUGGCCCGGCGAGGACACUGGGGGCUUGGAGACACCGGGGCGGGCGCCGGCAUUCGGGGCCAAGGUGACAACGGGUGGCUUCGUGCCACCACCACCGCUCUACGAGGGGGGCACGGAGGGUGGUGUCCCCUCGGUCCCCGAGGUGGCCCAGGCCGGUCCCUCGCGGUGUCCUGAGCCCUCCUACCAGUGCAGUCACUGCCAGAAGACCUUCAGCUCCCGCAAGAACUACACCAAACACAUGUUCAUCCACUCCGGCGAGAAGCCCCACCAGUGCUCUAUCUGCUGGCGCUCCUUCUCUCUCCGUGACUACCUGCUGAAGCACAUGGUGACCCACACGGGUGUCCGCGCCUUCCAGUGUGGCGUCUGCUGCAAACGCUUUACCCAGAAGAGCUCCCUCAACGUCCACAUGCGCACCCACCGCCCCGAGCGCUUCCAGUGCCGCCUCUGCACCAAGGGCUUCUCCCACCGCACCCUCCUCGAGCGUCACGCCGCUGCCACCCACCCUGUGCCACCACCGGGGCCACCGCCGGGGCCGCCGCCACCGCCGCCACCACCACCACCUGAAGCCGGGCUGGCAACGUGGCCAGGAGCUGAGGCUGCGGGUGCCGGCCCUGCUCACACGGCGUGAGGGUGCCCCUAGGGGGGUCCCUGUCACCCCCAAAUUGCCGCGGGGGUGGGUUUGGGGGCUCCCCCGUGCCCAUGGAUGAGCCCCUGGGGCUGUUUGAGCACCCCGGGGGGAAACCUGGAGGACUUUGACUCCACCCCAGCCAUGGGUUCGAUGCCCUGGAUGGACAGAUGGAAGGAGAUGGGGUCUGUCCUGCUUGUCCCCUCCUGGUGAUGUGGUUUUUGUCCCCCCAGACCGCGGUGGUGGGGGCAGUUCAACGGACUUGGUGGCACCGGUGGGCGGUGACAAUCAACACGCGGGUUUAAGGAUGGUUUUAGUGCCGUUAUGGCGAUUUUUUUCCCUAAAAAUUCCCCCCCCUCCUCA